CUGUUUUUCUCCUCCAUGCCUAAAAUAGAGGUGGAACAGAAAGUUUUCUUGUGCCCAGGGCUCCUGCGUGGCGUUUAUCAGAGCGAGCAUCUGUUCGAGUCGGACCACCAGUCGGGAGCUUGGUGCAAAGACCCCCUCCAGGCCUCGGAUAAGAUCUAUUACAUGCCCUGGACGCCAUAUCGCACAGACACCCUCACCGAAUACUCCAGCAAAGAGGAUUUCAUCGCAGGAAGACCCACCACGACCUAUAAGCUCCCCCAUCGGGUGGACGGCACCGGGUUCGUCGUCUACGACGGGGCACUGUUCUUCAACAAGGAGAGGACCAGGAAUAUCGUCAAAUUCGAUUUGCGCACUCGCAUCAAGAGUGGUGAGGCUAUCAUCGCUAGCGCAAACUACCACGACACUUCGCCGUAUCGCUGGGGAGGCAAGUCUGAUAUCGAUCUGGCAGUGGAUGAGAACGGACUGUGGGUGAUUUACGCCACGGAGCAAAACAACGGACGGAUCGUAAUCAGCCAGCUCAACCCGUAUACGUUACGUGUGGAGGGAACUUGGGAUACGGCCUACGACAAACGCUCCGCUUCCAACGCCUUCAUGAUCUGCGGGAUCCUGUACGUGGUCAAGACUGUCUAUGAAGAUGACGAUAGCGAAGCCACCGGGAAUAAAAUCGACUACAUCUACAACACGGAGCUGAGCAAAGACGGCUAUCUGGACAUCCCCUUCCCCAACUCAUACCAGUACAUCGCUGCCGUGGAUUACAAUCCCAGAGACAAUCUGCUCUAUGUGUGGAAUAACUAUCACGUGGUCAAGUAUACGCUGGAUUUCGGAGUCCUGGACAAUAGGCUAGAAACCUCCUCCUCAGGAAAUGUCUUAAUGGACACGACAACGACACAUACCACGACUCGCCCAUUUACAGCCAGCACCACGACCGCCUCCACCUCCACCAGUUCCACCACGAAUAGCAGCACCCGAUCUCCCUCCACAACACCUGUGGCCCCGCGCAGCACCACCACAAACCGGCAGCCGGCGGCUCUCCCCGAGGUCACUGCUCGCUCUGACCCGUCCUCCGUCCUGCCCAACAUCGCUGAGGAGUUCUGCAGCCCCGUCACCAACUCCUCUAUCACCUGGCCCAGAACACGGCAGGGCCUCGUGGCCAAGCAGCCCUGCCCACCGGGAACCAUCGGGAUGGCUGUGUUCUCCUGUCAGGGGCCCGAGGGACUGUGGGACCAGCAGGGGCCCGACCUCAUCAACUGCUCCUCCACAUGGGUCAACAUCAUCAACCAGAAGAUCCGAGCGGGUGAACCUGCGGCCAUAAUCUCCCGUGAGCUUUCCGAACAGACCAAGGGUCACAUCCACGCGGGUGACAUCACCUACACUGUCCGGGCCAUGGGUCACCUGAUCGACCUGCUGGACGUCCAGCUCAGGAAUCUCACCCCCGGAGGAAAGGACAGCGCCGCCCGGAGCCUCAACAAGCUGCAGAAAAGGGAGCGCUCGUGUCGAUAUUUCGUCCAGGCGAUGGUGGAGACGGUGAAUAACCUGCUGCAGCCACAAGCGAGGGAGGCAUGGAUGGAGCUGUCGAGCGGAGAUCAGCUGCGAGCCGCCACCAUGCUGCUGGACACUGUCGAGCAGGGCGCCUUCGUUCUCGCAGACAACCUGCUGAAGACCGACGUGGUGCAGGAAAACACCGAAAACAUCCAGCUGGAGGUGGCGAGGAUGAGCACAGACGGAAAUCUUCCCGAUCUGAAGUUUCCACAGACGGGAGGCCAGGGAAACGCCAUCCACCUGUCAGCCAACACGCUCAAACAACACGGCAGAAACGGGGAGAUCCGGAUGGCGUUUGUGCUGUACAAGCAUCUGGGUUCAUAUCUGUCCACUGAAAACGCCAGCAUGAAGUUCAGCAGCGAGACGUUAAACACAAACUACUCUGUCAUCGUCAACUCUCCCGUCAUAACAGCAGCCAUCAAUAAAGACAGUAACAAAGUCUACCUGUCCGACCCCGUCAUAUUCACCGUGAGACAUAUUCAGCAGUCAGAGGAGAAUUUCAACCCCAACUGUUCGUUCUGGAGCUACUCGAAGCGCAGUAUGACGGGCUUCUGGUCGACGCAGGACUGCCGGCUGCUGGGAACAAACCGAACACACACCACCUGCUCCUGCACACACCUCACCAACUUCGCUGUGCUCAUGGCUCAUGUGGACGUGCAGCCGGCAGAACCGGUUCAUUGUCUGCUGCUGGACGUCAUCACGUGGGUGGGCAUCCUGCUGUCUCUGGUCUGUCUGCUCGUCUGCAUCUUCACCUUCUGCUUCUUCCGUGGCCUGCAGAGUGACAGAAACACCAUCCACAAGAACCUGUGCAUCUCGCUCUUCAUCGCUGAAACACUCUUCCUCACCGGCAUCAACCGUGUGGACCAGCCCAUCGCCUGCGCCGUCUUCGCGGCUCUGCUGCAUUUCUUCUUCCUGUCUGCGUUCACGUGGAUGUUUCUGGAAGGCGUUCAGCUCUACAUCAUGCUGGUGGAGGUGUUCGAGAGCGAGCAUUCACGCAGGAGGUAUUUCUACCUGGCCGGAUACGGCAUUCCUGCGCUCAUCGUGGCUGUUUCUGCCGCAGUGGAUUACCGCAGUUACGGGACGGAUACAGUGUGCUGGUUGCGGUUGGAUACUUAUUUCAUCUGGAGUUUUAUAGGCCCUGCCACACUCAUCAUCAUGCUGAAUGUGAUCUUCCUGGGAAUCGCUCUCUACAAGAUGUUCCACCACACCACCAUCCUGAAACCAGACUCUGGCUGCCUUGAUAACAUCAAAUCGUGGGUGAUCGGAGCCAUCGCUCUGCUCUGUCUGCUCGGCCUGACCUGGGCGUUUGGUCUGAUGUACGUUAACGAGAGCACGGUGAUCAUGGCGUACCUCUUCACCAUCUUUAACUCGCUGCAGGGCAUGUUCAUCUUCAUAUUUCACUGCGUCCUGCAGAAGAAGGUGCGUAAAGAGUACGGGAAGUGUCUGCGGACUCACUGUUACAGCGGGAAGAGCGUGGAGUCGUCCAUGGGUUCGGUGAAGAGCUCGUCAUCACGCGGCCCGGGACGAUACUCCUCUGCGUCGCAGAGCCGAAUCCGCCGCAUGUGGAACGACACGGUGAGGAAGCAGUCCGAGUCUUCAUUCAUGGCUGGAGACAUUAACAGUGCAGCGACACUCAACAGAGGUGCCAUGGCCAAUCACCUCAUCCCAAACUCUCUGCUGCGCGCUCACGCCUCUAACAACCCCUAUAACACCUUACUGGGCGAUUCAGCCAUCUAUAACAACCCCACCCUCAGCAUGUACAACACUCAAGAGCCCUACAGAGAGACAAAGGGAAUCCUGAACAAUGCUCGGGAUACAAGUGCCAUGGAUACUCUACCACUGAAUGGUAACCAAGGCAACAGCUACAGCUUAGCUAGUGCCGAUUACAUGAGAGACUGCGUGCAAAUCAUGGGCCGCACGUACAACGUACACGAAGAGACCACGCUGGAGAAACGCAUCCUGAAAGAGCUCACCUCCAACUACCUGCCCACCUACCUGAACAACCACGGCCACACGGCCGAGCACGGACGCAACCUCAUGAACAAGCUGGUUAACGAAGUCAGCAAUGGAGGCGGGGUCAAAGACUCGCACAUGCUGCCUGUCAAUCUGACGUUGGGUUUGGACGACUCUGUGUCUCUCCCACAUGAGGACUGUCUAGGGCUGGAGCUGAUCAGGGAAGAGUCCAAUGCACCCUUGCUUCCACGCCACAUCCAGCCUCUUCCCUCCACCUUCAGCUCGGCUUCUUCAUCGAGACGGCGCCUUCCGCAAGACAACAGCGAGAGUUUCUUCCCUCUGCUGACAGAGGAGCAAACGGAAGAGACUCCAUCGCCGCAGAGAGACUCGCUCUACACCAGCAUGCCCACGCUCCCCGACCCCGAGCGCUCUGACAUGCAUUCGCUGCCUCGCAGCGGUGACAUGCACACGCUCCCCAGAAGCGGUGAGCCGGACGACGUGUAUUAUAAGAGCAUGCCCAACUUGGGCUCGCGUAACCAUCUGCACCAGCUGCAUAGCUACUACCAACUGGGCCGCGGCAGCAGCGAAGGCUUUAUCGUCCCACCAAAUGAGGUUUCCCCUGAAGAAACACCAAGGGAAACCGCUCACAUGGUCACCAGCCUAUAGAGGGCGCCAAACCCAGUCGCAUUCACACCCGUAACCCAUGACAUUUCGACCUCUGCUGGCUCUUCUACGUUUCUGUACUGUUCUGUCGUCCGCAGUUGUUCACUUUAGCUUUUCUGUGUCCGCAGAGAAAUUAACUGCACCAACAAAC